AUGCUUAUUAUGUAUAUAAUGAUAUUUCUUGCUCUGCAUAAUGCAGUACAUACACAAUAUUCAUUAUAUUAUUCCGAUAUUCGUCAGAAUUCGUAUCUGACAUUUGAUUGUCUGUACACUCAAAUCAUCGAAGGUGAAUUAAAUACAUACUCAUCUUAUAUUAUGAACAAUCAGUUAACCUCCUAUUGUCGACGACCUGAUAAUGAUGAAAAACAAGAUGAAAUAUCUGACAUGCUAGAGGAAAAUAUAGCAAACAAGAUUACUUUUAAUGAGUUAAGGAAAAAAGGUGUAACAAGUGAACAACUACUUAGUUGGUCAGCACCUAUCGAUCUGGUUGAACGAUAUGAAAUAAAUAAUCAAAGUGAUGAACAAUUAUUCUAUAACUGUUCAUCACGAUGGUUUGGCUCGAAAUGUCAAUAUCGAUUUGUCUACAAUUCAUCUUUAUCAUUUAAUGAAAUUGUUAAAGCUUCUGUGAAUAGUCGUUUCAACACAAAGCUCAACGAAAGCAUUACGACUUGUUAUCGCUUUUUAGCUAAUUGUAAUCGUGGACCAUGGUCUUUAUGUCUUGACUGGCGACAAAUAUGUAAUGGCAAAGUUGAUUGCAAGAAUGGUGAAGACGAACAAUGGUGUGAAACACUGGAAAUGACAACAUGUGCUGAUGAUGAAUAUCGAUGUCAUUAUGGUGGUCAAUGUAUUCCCAUGAUAUUUGUACGAGACAGCUCCUUAAGUACUGACUGUCUCGAUGGUAGUGAAGAGAAAGAAAGCAACUUUCGAUUUACACCUUUGACAAAUGUUUAUUGUGGUUCAAUUAUCACAUUUCGAUGUGAAGAACGUAUUAAUCGAUACCCUCUUGCUUUUCCAUGUGGUAAUGGUCAAUUUUGGUCCGCGACUGAUAUGCCCGUUAGUGCGUAUGAUUGUUCGAACAGGCGAAAUAGAGAAGUAACUUUAGCCAUGCUUACUUCGUUUGAUCACAUUAAAGAUACUAAAUGUCAAGAAGCUUUUCGUUGUUCACUACUUUCCAAUCGAAGUUAUAGUAAGUAA